AUGGAUUUCAUCAAGACCAGUUCCCUGCGUGCUCUGAUUGAGUUAACUUUCCAACGCAACUGGAAUGGCCUAAUUUGGAUGAGUAGAAAAGGAGUUAUAACCAAAAGAGUGAAGACUGUCCAGACGGCUCUAUCGAGAAUCAGCGCCCAACCGCGCAGUCCGGCUGGCCGAGAAACUAUUGUCCGCGGUCGGCCAAAGCUUCAAACGUUCACGCCACGCCGCGCACGACCAUGCCGCGCGAGCCGGGAAACAAGGCCUCGCGGCCGCGCAACCCUUCGCGUACCACGGCCGAUGCAUCCGUCCGAGCCGGGAAAGAACGUCCCACGUCCGGCCGAGAAACCAUCGGCCAAAUCUCAUCCGCUCGACCACGCCGGCCGACCGUGA